UGCGGGCUGCCAUAAGCUGUAACGUAAUCAACAAGCACAGCAGUACAUUUUAAUCCAGAUGCACUGAUGACGAGGUGAACUUUUCGGUGGGCGUCAGAAUCAGUGAUAUAUCUUCAGCGAGCAAGCCCCGAUUCCUCGAAACACCGUCAAUGGACACCUGUGUAUAAGCAAUGCAGAUUAAUCAGCGGACUUUCAUGAAUGCACGGGAAAUGUUUGUCGCCGUUAUAGCCCUGCAAUUCGCGCUUUCUUGGUGCGCAAAAACAGAAAAAGAGGUCAUCGCAUAUCCAAGCGUGUUGGAAGAGAGGACGGCCGGGGAAAGCAUGGUCCUUAAGAUUACAGAAGACAUAACACUGAAUCUUGAAAGAAGUUUCGUACUGGCUGAUGAGCUACUCUUUGUUACGAGCGGUAAGGAAGAACACCGUGUGGAAAAAGUGGACACGUCUUCCAUUCAGAAGGAUCUGUACCACGACACGCAUCGGCAGGCUUCCGUGAUGGUACGCAGUAUUGAUGGAGCAGUCCAAGUCGAAGGUAUCCUUGACAGCGUGUUGAGAAUCAAGCCCUUACUACAGGCACCACGUUCUCUUGAUGGACAAAUACCACACAAAGUAUACGAAGUUGAGGAGAAGUUAGACUCGAGAGCAAUGCGUAUGGCCUAUGGACCAUCGCGAAAAAGGGGACAAUGGAACCGACAGAGGAAAAACAAUACCCGGAGACAUGAGGCUACGAACCAAGGGAACUCGGACGUUUUUGUUGUGGAAGUGCACAUAAUUUCGGACAUGAAGCACCAGCGUAGCUUCAAGAAAAACGAGGAACUGAUUGCCUACAUGGCAGUCACGACCAACGCUGUCAACUUAAGAUAUCUCGACAUGCAAAGACCUAAGAUCAGCUUCAUCCUAGUUGGAAUAACACGGAGCAAAGAUGAUGCUUUCGCAACUAAACACCAAGGCAUGUUGGAUGCGCCGGCGACGUUGGGUGGGCUCGAAAAAUAUAUCGACAAUGGAAGAGUCCCUGGAAGCAACGACAUCGUGAUGCUUGUAACAGGGUUGGACAUGUUCAACAGACCAAACGGAAAAAUUAACAACGGUCUGGCCGGUCUUGCAUUCUGUGGCACUGUUUGCCAAAAGUUGAAGAUUGGCGAGAGCGAGGACAUCGCAACUACUUACAACGGAGUCACUGCAAUCGCCCACGAGUUGUGUCACGUGAUGGGGUCACCACACGAUGAAACCCCUGAGUGCCCCUGGGAAGAAGGAUACCUGAUGAGCUACGUUGACGGAGGACUCAAGAAGUAUCGCCUCUCUCCUUGCAGUGAGAAGUCCAUGCGCAAUGUCUAUCAGAAACUUAAGCCGGAGUGUAUACAGGUGCAGGCGAAGGUGAACUUGAUGAAAGAUCACCAGCAAUACCCAGGCCAAACAGUGCGGGCGAUGUACUACUGCAAGAAGGUCUUGAAGCAGUCUGGAGGAAGAUGGUUUGUCCAGCACCCCGAUGACCUUAGCAGAAAGUGCAAAAUGUCCUGCUGCCAUCAACUGGGGGUCCGGCGUACUUGUUAUAUUGUGACUGUUCUAACAGGAAUGUCAUGUGGCCGUGGAAAGACAUGCAGAAGAGGGGUGUGCGGAAGGCACGACUAUCCAUGAAUAGAAAGGAAAAACUGGAAAUAUUACAUGACCAUUCAAAUGAACGCAUCGACAAACUCUUAAUACUUGGACAAUAAACAAUUUAUUCACAAUUACUUUACGCUGGAAAAUGAAGCUUACACUCUGACAG